UUUCUCAUCAACACCAAAUUUUGUUUGGAAGUCAAACCAGUCAAAUGAUGCCAGCAAGUAUUGACGCCACACAGAAGGAAGCUGUUUCUGUUACCGCGGAAACCAUCAUGGAUAAAURUUCUGUUUCGCUACAGUGCAAUUCAGUUAGGAUUACUGUUUGGUUGGACAAAUCGAGAAUGAAUUUUGCUGUGUUGGUAGUUUUCCUGAUAGGGACUAUGGUGAUGACGGCAAGUGAUGUCAGCGGACAAAUGAGGUGUAUGUAUACAUCUAGUGGAUGUGAUGGCAAGAGAGAUGGUAUCUUGAAGGAAAUCUUGUGGCGCUCUAGACGAAAAGAUGACUCUUUGGCAGCGAAGGAGAGAAAUGGACCCAGCUACAUCCAAGAAUCGUGAUUGGUUUCAGUUGAAUUGUAAAUCUAAUAUUAAUUACUUCAAAUAAAACAUCCAAAAUCAAAAUA